GGUUGAUAUGUCAGAAGGAUAGGCUGAGAUAUGAGCUGAGAGGAGGUGUGGUUUUGAGAAUGAGGAGAUAGAUAAAGCUGCACUAUCCUCUGUCUCGCAGUAAGGUGGUGUAAAUUCAGAAGAGAAGUGGGCUGCGCACCGAACCCUGAGGCACACCACUGGUGAUUCAUGAUGAACAGGGUUUUGCUCUUGGUUUUUCUUGGAGCUAUGAUGCCUGUGACAUUCCCACAGACUCGUAUGUUUUACUUUGUGCCGAAAUUGAUGAGAUGGUCAGAUGCGCAGAUACACUGCAGACGGAAUUACAUUGAUCUGGCCACCAUUGAUGACCAGACAGAUAGGGAUGAGAUGAUGAGAGUCAUACGGCAGUUUCAUAAUGGUGACGUGUGGACCGGACUCAGUCGGACAGACAACAGCGCUCCCUGGGUCUGGUCCGAUCAGAGCCCAUCCACAUUCAUGCCAUGGGCUUCCAAUCAGCCAAACAACGUGAAUGACAGUCAGUACUGUGUGGUAGUGACUCCGAGGGUGGAGCUUAAUGAUCUGACCUGUGAAGGAACCCAUCCUUCGGUUUGCUAUACUGAGAGACUCAAACAGACGGUGAGACUGGAAAUCAAAUCAAAUCAAAAUGUGAAUGAUCCGGCUGUGAAUUCGGAGAUUCUGCUGCAGAUAGUUAAGAGAUUUAAGGAGAAUGGAUUAAAAGAUUAUGCAAAGCUCUCAUGGAAGAUUCAGCCAGAUGCAAAUGUCUUCCAGAAGAUUGAUGCCACUCAACAGACUGAACCUUGUAAAACGGACGGAAGAAAGACGUUUUAUUGAUCCACUAUUAAACAAUAGUAUAGUAAGAACUGCAUCUUUGAUUUGACACGAUUACCCAUUUCAGACGAUUAUGUUUAAAGCUUAAUGUUUUGGCUUUAUGCUUUGU